CAUUGUUUAACGACACAACAUAACGGAGUGACACAUAAUUAUAAUAGUAUUUGUGUAUCAGAGGCCGGGUGCAGUUUGUCUGACACAGACAUUCAUUCUAAAAUGACUUAAAUUAGGUAGCAACAAACUAGCUUAUGAGGCUAGCGCUGUAUUUAGUGACUUCCUGUACCACUGUCGCGUCGUUCUUUAAACCCCGCCUACGAGCUAUUCCUAUUGGUCUGGACUGGCUGGAGUCAUGUUACAUCACAGCCGUCGAAGCCGUUGAAUGGCUGAGCCGUCUUGUCCCUCAUCUUUUCCCCACUUGUUGCUAGGGAGAUUGUUUGACACUAGCUAGGGAGAAAGUAAAUGUUAGCAGAGGCGCACCUGCCACUUUUUGGCGAAAGAGAAAUUGGGGCGAAGCCGCUAAAGCUACGAAAGGCUCCAUGACAGUUACUUUGUGUUGCGUCAGACGGAGGUUAUAGGCGUGCGUUAGCGGUGGCCGGGGUCGUGAAUCCCCGGCUGGAAGGACAAAGAUAGGCGCAGCUGUGCUGGAGGAGGAGGAGGAGGGAGGGACCCUGCCGGCCACCCAGCGUUGCUGUUGGUGGCUGUCAGAGCCAGUCGAGCGAGCUUUCUGGUCUCCCUCAUUCACCUUCAGCAGCAGCCAGGAGAAGUAGUUGCCCUGUCAAGGGUGGGGUGAUGCCCGAAGCUCUGUGUUCAUCUUAUCUGCUCUGCCGAACGUCUUAAAACGAAGAGGGACAACGUGGUGCGGUCCGCCAGCAGUCCUCCUGUUCUGUUAGGAUGAAGUGGGUUAGCAAGUCCUGCGCUGUCGUCUCCUAUAAUCUGUUUAUAGCAAAUGUUGGAACGGGGAGAUGAUAACUCUUUGAAGAACCGACCCUGAGAAGAGGACACCUUAGCCUGGAAGCUUUUCAAAUUAACCGUCAGAGACGCUUCGCCCUCCUCAACCACUUUUAUGUUCGCGUAUCUGUUUUCACCCCUUAGUUGUAGCAGAGAGCCGUCGAUUACGAGCAGUCGCCCCGGUUUUUGUUUUCCUUUUUUACUUUCAUUUUUUUGUUCCUUUGUAAAGAAAUGCUUUACCUGAAAAAGUACUUCACAGAGGGCCUGAUUCAGUUCACCAUCCUCCUGAGUCUCAUUGGGGUGCGGGUGGACGUCGACACGUACCUAACCAAUCAGUUGCCCCCGCUAAGAGAGAUCAUCCUGGGGCCCAGCUCAGCCUACACCCAGACCCAGUUCCACAACCUGCGCAACACGCUGGACGGCUAUGGGAUCCAUCCAAAGAGUGUGGACCUGGACCAGUUCUUCACGACCAGGCGGCUGCUGAACGAGGUGCGCCAGCUGGAUCGCCUCUCCGUGCCCAGUACCGAGCUCAACGCCUGGCUAGUGCACCGCGACUCUGAGACGGUGGUGUCCGCAGGCGCUCAGUCCAGCCCCGGCAUCACCCUGGACAAUGGGGCCGGCCUAGAGGACAUUAGCAACAUUGACGCUUCCCCGGCCAUGAGGGGAGGAAGCGGAGCGCCUGAAUCCACGUACGACCCGAACGCAGCGGACAGCAGCCUGGGAGCCGUGGCCCCGGAGGGAAACCAGGAGCAGGGCAGCAGAGGCGGCAAUGACGACCUCACCAAAGAGGACAUUGACUUGAUUGACAUCCUAUGGCGACAGGACAUUGACCUUGGUGCGGGAAGAGAAGUGUUCAGCUACAGCAACCGCCAGAAGGACGCGGAGGAGGAGGAGAAGCCCAGCCCACAGGACAGCAAAGAUGUCAACGAGGAUCAGGAGAGCUGGAGAAACGGGAUAAACCUACAGGGAUCUCCGCCGGUGGAUGGAGAGACUGGGGAGAGCAUUCCUGAGCAGCUGCCAGUUCUUGGCUCACAGACUUCACUGUCACUACAGGAGUGCUUGAGGCUGUUGGAGGCCACGUUCCCUUUUGGAGAAGAGGCCGAGUUUCCAGUCGGUAACCAGGAAGUAUCCAUUUCCAAUGAAGAAGUUCCCUCCACCUCCCAGGGCCUCCCUCUGGCGCCGCAGCUGCCCACGGCAGAGCCGCAGUUAGACCUGGAGCAGCAGUGGCAGGACAUCAUGGCCAUCAUGGAGCUGCAGGCAAUGGAGGUGAACACGUCGCUGCAGACCGUGUCCGGCGGCGGAAGCGCCAGCGAGCGGACGGCGGACUCGACCGGCAGCGGAAACCUGGGUCUGUCCGACGGUCCCACGCCCAUAAACCAGGACGUCAGCCUUCACCAGGCCUCCCUGCCCAGCUGCAGCCAAGACUUCCCGCAGAUUUUCAGCCCCCAGCUGGACUCGGUCAGCGUCGCCCCGACGACCGGCACGGUGCGGCCGUCCUCCAGCAACUCCACCAACGUCACCUCCACCUUCGGGGCAACCAACCUGACGGGGGUCUUCCUCCCGCCCAUCAACGGCUCCGGCAGCAACGUCACGUCUCCGCCCGACCCCUUCACCACCCUGCUGGAGGAGUCCAUGCUGGACGAGAUCAGCCUGCUGGACCUGGCCAUGGAGGAGGGCUUCAGCCAGGCCCAGGCCUCCCAGCUGGAGGACGAGCUCGACUCAGAUUCAGGCCUCUCCCUGGACUCCAGCCGCAGCCCGGCCUCCCCGAGCAGCUCCGAGACGUCCUGCUCGUCUGCCGCCUCGUCCUCCUCCACCUCCGCCAACUUCUCGGAGGAGGGCGCCGUGGGCUACAGCACCGACUCGGAGGUGGCUGCGGCGGAGACGGAGGAGGGCGCGGUCGGCGGCUACCAGCCCGAGUACAGCAAGCUCUGCCGCAUGAGCUUCCAGGACCUCUCGCAGUUCCACGGCCUCCCUCAGCUCGACGGCAUCAGCCACAACCACACCUACAACGUGCCGCUCUCCUCCGCCUUCUCCGAGCACCCAGAUCUUCCCCUUUCGGCCGGGAAGAAGACGGCCCGCGACAAAAAGCUCCAGCCUUCUCAGGACCUGCUCGACAAGCACUCGAGUCGCGACGAGCGGCGGGCGCGGGCCAUGAAGAUCCCCUUCUCCAACGACAAGAUCAUCAACCUCCCCGUGGAGGAGUUCAACGAGCUCCUGGCCAAGCACCACCUGAGCGAGGCCCAGCUCGCCCUCAUCCGCGACAUCCGCAGGCGCGGCAAGAACAAGAUGGCCGCCCAGAACUGCCGCAAGCGCAAGCUGGAGACCAUCAUCAACCUGGAGCAGGGCGUGCAAGACCUGAGGCGCGACAAAGCCCGCCUGCUGAAGGAGAGGAUGGAGUUCAUCCGCUCCAUCCGGCAGCUGAAGCAGAAGAUGCAGAACCUGUGCACAGAGGUUUUCAGUCAGCUGCGGGACGAGGACGGCCGGCCCUACCCCCCCAGCCAGUACUGCCUGCAGUACGGCGCCGACGGCAGCGUGCUGAUCAUGCCCCGCGGAGCCACGGCCGCGCAGCCGAGCCGGAAACCCGAGAAAAAACAGAAGGACAAGAAGAAGUGAGCCCGAACGCCGCUGGUUAUUCUAUCACUUUGCUAAAUCAGUCAGAUUUGUGCAGAUUCAAAAGAGAUGCCCUUUUUUUCCUUUAAGAAGAUUCUGUUGAAGAGAAACGGCAUUUACCUCCUCCUGGGUUAGUUUCUCCCCGUUCAUUCUCUUCCUCUGUUUUUCCUAGAAACAACUCUGAAGCAGAAUAGCUCUCGGCUCGAGUACCGUUGUUUCAUUAUUUAGACGAGGAGAGGAUGGGAUUUAAAGGACAAAAACCCGAGCUACUAGAAAAACACAUGGCUGCUCUGCUUCCCUUUGCACCAAACCACUAAGGAUGGAGGCCUGUAGGGUGAACGAAUGGACGGAUGUCGUAGGGAGGGGAAGGGGAGGGGGGGCUAACAAACACUGGCAACAUGCAUGGUUGGAACACCUUUGCAUUGAAAGGGUUUAAAUGACUAUCAGAUCACAUCCCACCCCGGAGACUUUUAGCAACUGCUUUUAAGUUGUAGAUCUUAAGGCAAAGAUCAGCACCUAAAGUUGAGAGACAAGAAACCAAAGGCUACAGGAAGUCCAUUGUUUCAGAAUGCCAUUAACACCUAUACUAACCAAAGGUUGUAGGGCGCACCCGCUCACCCGAUCUGUACAAGUCCAAAAAAAAAAAAAAAAAAAAAGCUCCAACGCUGCACUCUUACUCCGUGGGUUUGUACCGCGGAAGUCUAGUUGUUGAGUCCGUUUCCUGGCGGCACCGAAGCGUAGAAGGCCCCAAAACGCCCGGUUGGACGUGUGGAAGUCGUCUGAUUGGAUAAGAAGUCGGAGGCUGAGUGUUAAAAGAGGGCUGGCCGCGAAGCCCCGCAGGAGGAGCCGGGGGGGAUAUUUCUGGGGACGAGGCGCGUUUGCCAAAAUGGAUCGACUUCCUCAUGAAUUAUACAUAGCAGCGUAAUUUUGUCUUUUUUUUUAAAAAAGGCUUGGCCGUAUGCAUUUUUGACGUUUUCUGUCGCUGCUCCGUUGCUGCAGGUUUAAGUACAGGCGAUGCAUUUAGGAAGGCUCUAAAUAACUGUUUAUAAUGUGUGACAUGAGCAGAGUUAUAGGUCUAGCCUCCCCUUUACGUCGGUGUUGAUAAAAAAAACCUUUCACUCAGAGAACCGUACCGUUGUUGUCCAAGUGCAGCCGCUGCAGAUCACACUUACAGAUGCACCUCAACACAUUCAAACAGCAUCCAGAAGGAUGCACAAACUAAUUUCGAUCACACAGAGGGGGAUAUUUUCAACCAUUAGUUUCUGUCGAUGUCGGCGAUUGUGACUUAAAGCUAAUAAGAUGGCAAACAUUCAGAACCUUCACUGCAGAGCUGUUGUCCUUGGGCCGUUAUGCAUUAAUCGGUGAGACUACUGACGCGCUUUACAAGGAGGAGGAAGCAACAGCGCUGUGGCCAAGCUUACUGGUGGAAAGUUUAGUGGAAGGAAAAAAUAAAUAGAAGUAGGCGCACAAGAUACAGGGAUAACCGCAGCCAUGAGGGGACUGUGAACGCCUCUGGAAGAGCUGGAGUCAACGAGAGUCACCACUCAGACCUGUCCGAAGGGUUUUUAUUGGAAUGGGGGGGAAAAGACUGAACGUUAGCGUAGCGCUUCAAAGUCCCCCGUUUCAGACGAAAUAAAAAAAAAAAAUGGGUAAACUAAUUUAGAGGAUCUGAACUUUAGGUUUUCGUUUAGCUGUAAGCCGUAAUCGUCUUAAAUGUACAGAAAUCAACCGUUGGAACGUAUCGCUCUGUUCUGAAAUGAAUCUAUAAGCAGGUUCAGUGUUGCGACUUGAAUAAUUAUUAAUUUAUUGAACGCUCGUCGUCAGGGCUCGGGUUGCGCCGUUGUGUUCGCCGUAUACCCCUUAAUUGCAGAUUUUUCCACAGCCAAAAAAAAAUAAAAUGCACUAGAAGUAAUUACUUUAACCGCUGUGAAGGAUGUGGCUUUGGUCGCACGGGUCCUGCGUCGGAGGCUGAGGUUAAGUUAAGCGAGCGUGAGCGGACUUAAAGUCGAAUGCCUUUAUUUGAAACUCUCAUCGUCUUGACUUUUAAAGGAUUUUUGAGAACAAAGUGGGAACGUUCUCGAGGUAGAAGUGCUAUUACUCGUCUGUUUGAAUGAAGUUAGUCGGUGCGCGUGUCAUGCGGGGGGCGGGGGGUAAUUGACUAAAAAACGGGUGUGUUGCUGCAGCUAAGUUAGCGGUUAGGUGAAAAUAUUUACAAGAGGCUGAGCAGAACUCGCAACACUGAGAUGAUGUCCGAAUUAAAAAGAGGGAAGAUAAAAAAAAAAAGGUUCAAAAUGAGAAAUGUCUUUAUUAAAUGUGAUAUUAAGGCAUGAAUCUCUGGUUGACAUUCACUCUGAUGUAACCCAACUAUUAAGUACCGCUACUACUUAGUGCACUUUUUUUUUUUUUUUUUUUUUUUUGUGUCUGUCUUGUUCUGUAAAUAUUUUCCUGUUUUGUUUUCUGUAGUUUGUCCAACGUCUCCAUAACCGUGUCGCACUCUCUGCUUUGAGUUUGGAUCGUAGUUCCCAGUUUCCGGACGUUUGCUGGCAAUCAAGAAUUGUUUUUAUUGAUUAAAGUGUUUUAAUUUUCACCCGUGACUCUUGUACUAAUAAUCCAUGCUUGGCUGAACGGUACGUUUGAUCAGGCUUUUAUUCUAUGGAGCUGCCACGAUGAAAAUAUAAACUACUUAAGUCUCCUAAAUGUAAAAAUGUUACAAAGACAGUUGGUGGAAGAUGCAUCUAAACUAUUUCUCACCAGAUAUCCAUUUUUGUUGAUAAAAGCACCUUUGAUGAUUUCAGUAUUUUGGUAGCUUUAGCCUUAUAGAGUCUAUUAUCACUCUUCAGUAUGAUUGGUCAGCAGGGACUUUGCUGUGCACAUGAACCAAUCAGAUGUCAGAGAAAGGCCUGAUUUGAAUAAAUGACUUGUCAAUGAAAUUA